CACCAAACAUUGCUCACAGAUAAGACACAAAAAGGCCAACCCACCUCAAACACCUAAACUUAACCGCACCAACAAGGAAUCUUUUCCUUGUUUGGUUUCCUGGAAUUCCAAUGUGGAAACUAACCUUUGGCUUUCUUUUCGGAAGCUUCACCUCCCUGGUACCGUAGUAAAGAACACCCACCUCGUUUUCUUAUUCCCUCUGGUAUGUUUGUCCUAGUGGUUUUCUUUUCCUUUGAAGAUGGUCCAAAGAAAGGUUGCUGAUAAGCUUGGAAUCCAAGCUGAUCAAAUAAAGUCCGAGAAGCUAUCGGCGACCCUCAGACCCUCUUCUCAUCAGAACCACGAUGGCAAAGCCAGAGGGACCGACCUGAAAAAGAAGAUGAAGAGAUCAAGAUCGAUGAAGCUCUCCAGCUUCGACGGCUCGAGAUCAUCUCCCUUCGGGAAGGAAGUACCGCAACCUGGAAGACCGCCGCCCCGCGACGUUCCAACUUCCGCAGCAACUUCGCAGAAGCAGUCUCCCGUCCAGCUAAAGGGUGCUGUGCCUAACUAUAUGAAGUCCACCAGCUGUUCAGUUGCAAGAAAGGAGUGUUCUCAGGUAAUUUCGCAGACAACUAAAACUGGUUCUGAUACUAAGAAUCUGCAUAGAAGAACUUCCGGUUCUUCAAAACUGAGCCCUGCUUCGUCUGAUAAUACAUCCCCGCAGAACCCAAAAAGGUCAUCCAGUUUGAAACUCGUUAGGACUCUAACGAAGACCCCUAGUUUUAAGCCUGCAAGGUCAUCAGUCAAAAGGUGUUCCAAAGUAGUUCUCUGUGCAGACAUGGAUGCACAGAGAGCUACCUGUUCUUCGGCUCUUAAGGACUCCAAGUUUCCUGAAUACCUCAUGCUUAAUCCUGGCGGGACCGAAGCAGAGGGAACUUCAGCGAUGAAGGUCUGUCCCUACACUUAUUGCUCUCUCAAUGGUCAUCACCAUGCUCGAUCACCUCCUCUCAAGUGCUUCCUUUCGGCACGGAGGCGAUUGAUGAAGACCCAAAAGGAUGCAAAAGUAGUGCCUCUAAGCCCAAACAAUGAGAGUCUUGACAGUAAUCCAGCCAGCGAGGAGGAAAAAAUUGGACUGGAAUUUUUCGUGGAAAUUUAUGCUAAAAAUGAAGAUGAAGACCCUUCCUCCAUGGGAAGGGUCGAUAUCAAGGAAGAAAUGGUUGAGUUAGACAGGGGAAGCAAAGAAGAUGAUACCGUGACUUUUGGGGUAAGUGCAGAUGAAGAAAAAGCAGAAUGUGCAGAUGAUGAGCACUGUGAUGAGAGACCAUCUGGUGUAUCCUCACGUCAUGAAGAUGAUCUUAAGCAAAACCUAGAAGGGUAUAACGAUGAGAGUGACAAAAUGGUGGAAGGUGAGAGCUUUUGCAAAGAAAGUGUCGAAAUCCUGGACUCCUGUUCAGAAGAUUCGGGUAUGGAGUGGGAUGCGGGAGAGUAUGCUGAUUCGGUGCUUGAUGGAGAAGAGAUUUACUCAACAGAAGAGGAUAAUCUAUCCUGUUCAGAUUUUGAGUAUAUAUCAGAAAUACAAGAUCCUACUUUGCAUGAGAUAGCUGCUGUCGCUUGUGAGAAUAUUGACAGCAAUUGGAAGGAAAUUUCCAAUAAUCAAGUACCAAAUGAAGGAAAGCAUGCAAGCUUUGAGGUCCAAAUGCCAAGCCUUCUUGAUAUGGAAGUUGAAGGUGCGGAUGAGGAGCCGCAGGGUUCUGAAGCCAGCCAUGUCUUUGAUUACUUAGACUAUAGCGACGAUUCGUCUCCAGAGGAUGAAUUUGAAGAAGUGAAAAACCCCAAUGGAAGUGGACCAGCUUCAAUAGAGGAGGUCAUCACAGAAGUAAAGGCAUCCUUUGAAGAGGCUGAAGAAGAAAACAUUCCUGGUGCUGACAAUGUUAAUGCCAAUGUGCUUUUGAAUGCUGUUGGCAAUGAAUCCAACAGCUUGGACAUGAUAGGCAGUGCCCCAUAUGAUGAGAAGAAUAACGAUGUUUCUGAAACAUCCAAGUUUGAUGCUCAUCCAGGUUUGACAGAUGGAGAUUGCGUAAAUGAGGAGGCACAAGUUCAUACGGAUCUUACCACCAAGUUUAGCAGCCUAAAUGAGGAAAUCACUCACAAUGAUGUCGGAGAGAGAAUAAAAGAAACAGAGGAUAAUUAUGAAAUUGAGUCGGUGGCUACAAUCCUGAUUUCUGAUCAGCCAUCCGAACAUUCCUGCAAAGCUGAUGAAGACACUCCAACACUUGCAGUGGAUGAUGCUGAGGAGCAGGAAGAUCCAAGAACUAAAAGAUCUUACCAAGAGGAAUACUCUGGUGGAGAACCUGAUGAAACGGAAGGGGAGAAAACUACAGAGCCUGAUUCAGCAGAUUCAAUCCUCGAAGAGGACAGUUCCACUGAAACGAAGUUGACGAGGAUAUACUCCGGGUUGAAGUGCAAUCCUGACGAAGAGCCCUUUGAUUCCUGUAAGAAUUUGAAGGGCACGAUCAGAUGUAAAAGAUCCGGUGAGCUGACCGAGGACCUACGGGAUUUUAACCCAAAAGAACCAAACUAUCUGCCACUACCUCCUGAUCCAGACGCUGAACGAGUAGAUUUGAGGCAUCAGAUGAUGGAUGAUAGGAAAAAUUCAGAGGAAUGGAUGCUUGACUAUGCACUCAGACAAACUGUAACAAAGCUAGCUCCUGCUAGGAAGAGGAAGGUAGCACUUCUGGUCGAGGCUUUUGAGAAAGUCAUGCCAACUUCGAAGUAUGAAACCCAUCUUCAAAGCACUUCAGCAAGCUUACCUCAUGCAAGGCCCAUUCAAACUUGCAGCUGAAAAAGAUCCUAAAGCAAGGUUAUAAGCAACGGCGCGCAUUUCAAGCAGAUUGAGAGGUCUGGCAGGCAUCACAAGCUUGGCAGAGCAUAACUUGUUCAGCUCUUACAUUUCGGAUCGGGCAGCUUGGUGAAAGGAUCAUGGGACGAACAUCGAACUUCUCCGAAGGCAGGCAAACUACGAGUAUCUACUUGAUGGCAAAAAAAAAAAAAACACAAACUAUUGCUUUUUUUGGUAAGAAAAAAACAAACUAUUGAGUGUGAAGCUUAAACAUAUGCACUGCCAGUGCAAUAUAUGGCGUUCGAAUUUCCUUUUGAAUGGAUAUCCAUGUAGCCUCAGUUGUAGGGGCACUUAGCUCCAAACUCCCGUGACUUAUCCUAGUUGAUGUUUGUCUGAAACAACAUAUUGCAAGAUCAUGGUUAUGCUCUAAA